GUGCCCUUAGAAGGAGAGCUUGUCAGGCUGUAAGAGUGGCAGCAAAUCUUCACUUCAUGAGACAGUGAUCAAACCUCAGUGACAGUUAGUAUGAAUAUUAUAAUAGGGGCGAAUUAGCUUAUUAAUUGUCGGGAGAUAAUCUCCAUAAAUCUUCCUACCGACUAGACAAAGGAGCAAAGGCGGUGCAGCGGGGAGGAGCGCAGCGCAGUCCCGGUGGAUGAGCGCAGCGGUAUGGAGAUGUUGCGCCGCUCCUCUGUGUUCGCGGCUGAAGUGUUUGACCGCUCGCCUACGGACAAGGAGCUGGUGUCCCAGGCCAAAGCACUGUGCAGGGACUACAUCCACUCCAGGCUGAACCGUGCCGGGAUAGGCUGGUCCAAACCUGAGCACGGACUGGCUGCAUCAGGGGGGGCCCUGGGAGAGAUCUCCUCCGUGCUGCUGUGGCUGGGUGAUGAGUUGGAGUACCUUCGACCCAACGUGUACCGUAACGUAGCGCGACAACUCAACAUCACCGUGGCGUCAGAGAACAUCGUGUCGGAUGCUUUCCUGGCCGUGGCAGCAGAUAUUUUCUCCACAGGUGUGACAUGGGGGAAGGUGGUUUCUCUGUACGCUGUGGCCGGAGCCUUGGCAGUGGAUUGUGUUCGCCAUGGACACCCAGCCAUGGUUCAUACCAUUGUGGACUGCAUGGGGGAGUUUGUGCGCAAGAGCCUGAGCUUGUGGUUAAAAAGGAAAGGGGGCUGGGUGGAUGUUACAAAGUGCGUGGUAAACACUGAUCCCAGCUUCCGCUCCCACUGGCUGGUGUCUGCCGCCUGUGCCUUUGGACACUAUGUGAAGGCCACCGUGCUGUACCUCCUCAGGGAGAAGUGAGAGACAAAGUCACACACUGGAUUAAGCACUCUGAGCAGCACUGUACACUAGCAGCACUCCACUGAAGCAUCACUGCUUUGGAUUAUGUUUACACUCAUCUGCACUGAGCCUUCAUGGAUGAACACCCAGACCUUCAUGAGAAACCAGACUCUGUUGUUCUUUUUACAUUGUAUAUUUAUUGUUAAUGGGUAUGUUAUGACACACAUUUGAUUUGAAUUAUUAAAUCACACAAUGUUUUUAGCUUUGAAUUUUUCCUGCACUUUUUUUGCUGUGUUCGGCAGUGGUUUAGAUCCCCCUAGUGGUUGAAAAUAGUAACUACUGUAAAUAAAUGAGAUCUUGUUUUUUCACAUCUCACCUAGAUGUCAUUUAAUAACCAACAGGUUCGUGCAUGCUGGGUAAAUGUAGAAUACAACAUGUGUCAGCGUACUAAGGGACGGUAACAAAUAUAUUAUUUUCAAUAGUGAAACAAGCAGUGCUCACUCAGACAGUAGUUCUUUACAAUCAUCGCAACUUAUUCAUGUUCUGUAUAUUGCAGUAAUGCAGGUUACAGUUUAUAUUUCUCUGAGUUUCAGCACUUUAAUAACAUUUCAUUUAUUAAGUAAAAUGUAUUCAUUCAUUGUUCAUAUUCUGCAACUGUAAAUAUUAACAAAAUAAAUAGUUCUGACAAAAAUCUGUCAAGUCAGCAGCACUUAUUGUUAGUACAUUUUUAUUAUUUUUUUCCACAAAGUAGUUAGACCAUUGAAUGAGGAAAGGAAAUACGUCUUUCUCCAACAUGUUUGAGAGAAAAUAAAUACAUGUUACUCUGUUGUGGAAA